UUAAGGUUACUAUUUCUUUUUAUUUUUGUAGAACGACGUAUUCUUUUUGGUAAGGCAUUUAUUGCUUCUUAUAGAUCGUAUUAUGCAUUAUUUAUGUCAUUUAUUUUUUGAACCUUUCAGUAGGUUUUCGACGUUGAAACCAAAAUUAGCAUGUUGAAAGUUUAUUAAAUGAUAUUCGUUUAUAGAAACUAAAAACUAACCUCUGAAUAUGAGUUUAAUCGAAAGUUUUUAACUUAAAUAAGAAAUCAAGAAAUAAAGCGGAUCAAAUUAUUUUUAAUGUAAAGGAUAACAACUUGAAGAAGCUGAAAUGGCCAACCAUUCAUGCUCAGCAAUCUGUUACUUUUUUUAAGAACAAAGGAUGAUGACGUCGAUCCAGAAAUGUAUUCUUAUGCACUAGAUUAUUAUUAUGCUAAAGAAAUGAACGUAACAGAAGGAUAUUCCAUUGUGCAAUAGAUUGGACUGACUUUCAAUUGGUCCUCAACGAGAAUGUCGCCACUAUAUGAUCAUGCCUCAACACUGUUCAAACCUCCAUGAUCACUUGAUUUUCAUUGAACAAGAACGUGUUUAUUAUUCGUAUGAAAUUUGGAAAGAAAAAUAUCUUAGGAUUAAGGAAUAUCAUUCGAUAAUAUAUAUUCGUCAGUUAGUCGAUGAUUUCUCUAUCGAAAUUAUAUUCAUUAUGAAUGCAAGGAUUGAGAGAAGCAAGAGAACUAUUCUAGAGAUCAUGGGAAUCAUCUAAAGGGACAUAGCUGCAUUAAAAUGUCAAGAUGAAAAGAGAAUAAUUUGAUCCUAUCGAAUUUGCUAGCCUAAUAACAAUCCUAAAGGAGAAGAAAAGCAGUUUAUUACAAAUGAUGCUUAGAGAGAAUUGUCACUGAAGAUUGUGUGGAAGCCAAUGUUAAGAAAGCUCAUGUUGGUCAUGGAGUUUUGUUUCAUCGAUCAUACGGAAAAAAUAUUUUCCGCUAAUUGAAUGUGGAAAUGGGUUUGUUUCAUAGUAGUAGAACGAUCGUUGAUGAGAGAAAAAUAAGAUGUGGACCAUGUUCUUGUAUCAAACUUGGUGUGGCAAUCUAUUCUCAUACAUACGUUUAUCUAUUCAAUGGACCAAUUUAGCGGUAGAUGCUUUGUUAAGAUUUCUGUUUUUCCAGUUACCAAGUUUUUUAUGGAAAAGAAGAAAAAAUCCACAUGCUAAAGCAUCAUCGAAUAUUCGAGAAAUUGAUAUCUAUAAUAACGAUAUUAGGAAGCGUUGAACAAAGCAUUGGCUUAUUUUUUGAGAUUUUUAUUUGACUAUAAAUGGAACGAUUGGAACGAAUAAGUGAUUAUAUUUAUUACAAUACUAGUGCCAAGUUUUUCAUUAACUAAUUAUUAAUCAUGUUAUGAACACAAGCUCGAUCACUGAUGACGUGACAAGCCAUCGUUUUAAUGUCUAUAGUAUUAAACGGCGAGAAAAUUUUCAUCAGCGAAUUCGACAAUUAUAAUUAUUUUUUUUCUCUUUUUCUUUUUUUAAGAGAUUGGUAUGUAAAGAAAGUAUACUUUCUUCAGGUAGAUUUGCCGCGCUUCUCAUGGCCCGCCCUUCCAUUGUCUUUUGUUAUCUACAAAUUCUUUUGUUACCUGCAAAUCGAGCUGUUAAGAUUUGGAAAAGAAACAGGCAGUAGGAAAUAAAACGUAGACGAGAGAAGUAGGACGAGAGUAGAAACAUUUUCGUUUAUCACUUCACAUAAUUAAUCCGAGAUAUUAUAAAACGACAAUUUUUGGUUUAUAAUGGAAAGAAAACUACAAUUCGCCUUUAAAUGUGUGGCAUCACCGAGAGACAGAAAGACAAAUGUGAUUGCCAUAACCUCUAUCACAACUGGGGACAAAGAAAAAUAUGUUGCCAGAAAAUGAAAAAUUUGCAAGUAACCACAGCAAACUAAUAAAAACGGAAAGCUAUAAGGGAAUGAAAAAAAUCCUCAAUCAAAGAGGCCAAGAAAAAAAAAAUGGAUUAAAUGCACACAGGAAAUGGACAGUUCUUAUUUUGAUGAAAAUGGCAAUUUAAUGUUUAAUGAUCUAUACCUAGAAGAAAUAGUAGAAACAAACAUAGUAAAACCCAUACAAAAGAAAGAUUACCAAAUAGAUUUAAAGUGUAUAUCGGAACAAUUCAUGGUCGAAAAAUUUGUAUGUGAACACUCAAAUGCAGAACAAUGGUUGGAGACAUUUGAAAAAGAAUGUCAAAGAUUCGAAAUUAAAGAAGAUAACACAAAAAUUGAAAUUCUAAGAUUAUUCCUUGACAGGGCAUGUUUAGACUGGCACUCAGCAACACUAACAGCGUUAACAAUGGAGGCUGAUUGGAACGAAUGGAAACAGAAAUUCUUGAAAUCAUUUGCAGACAAGGGAUGGAGUACAAGUAUAUACGCUAUAUCCUACAGAUAUAAAGAAGGUUCAUUAAUGGAAUACGCUAUGAGGAAAGAAAAACUACUACUGGAUAUGGACAACAAUAUAGGUACAAAGACUCUGAUAAUGCUUACAGUAGCAGGAUUACCAGAAUUCAUAAGAGAUAAAAUUGUCAAAAUUCAAUAAAAUUACUACAAGAAAUAAAGAAAUGUGAAAAUCUAAUAAGAACAAUUUAAAAAAAAAGAAAGAGGAGAGACAAGAUAAUAAGAAGAAAUUUGAAAAAAAGAAACCAUGUAAGAAUUGUGAAAAAGUAAACAAAGGUAUUAUAUAUCAUUCAGAGGACUCCUGUUGGUUUAAAAAGGAAAAUAGAAAGGAAAUCAGAAUAAAUGGAAGCAAUUCGAUGAUAGAAAUGGAGGACCUAUGCAAGGAACAAAAAGACGAAUAACCACACCAUUGAUCAAAGUAAAGAUAUUAUUAGAAGGGAAGUUAGAGGUAAACGGAACAUAUGACCCACGUUCCCAAGUUUCUAAUAAAUUCGAGACUAGUCAAAAUAAAAAAAAAAAAGAAAAAGAGACAAAAGAUAAAAACAAAAUAAAGACGAUCAAUGGUGUGACACAAACAAAAGGUUUAGUAACCAUUAAAGUAAAAAUUUUCGAUAAAGAGGAAUACGUUGAUGUAUUUAUUGUAGAAAGAAAUGACUUUGAAGAUUUCAUUAUUGGGGUAGAUAUGAUAAAGAAAUUCAAAAUAACUCAGAAUAAAAACUUACAUAUAUCUCAAAAGAGAGAAACACAAACAAAAAAAAUAUAAAUACAUUGGAUAGAAAGGAAGAAAUAGAAGAAGUUAAAAUAAAUUUUAACGAACAUGUGAAUGAAGACGAAUUUAGAUUGGAUCUGAAUCACUUGGACAAUACAAAAAAAAAAAAAAAAAAAAAAAAAAAACAAGGAUAAAAAAACUUAUAGAAAAGUAUAAUUUCAUAUUUGCAAAAAACAAAUAUGAUGUAGGCACCGUAUCGGACUACGAAGCUCGAAUAGACUUACUGGUUGAUAAAUACUAUAGUAAGAGACCAUAUAAAUGUACUAUAGAGGAUAAAAAGGAGAUAGAAAAUCAGGUAGCAAAACUAUUAGAAAAUAAAUUAAUUGAAGAAUCUUAUAGUCCGUUUGCAGCACCAAUAACUCUAACAUUUAAAAGAGAUGAAAACAAACGAUCACGAUUGUGUGUAGAUCUCCGCGAAUUGAACAAGAUAGUUACACCAUAAGCUCAACCAUUCCCAUUAAUAGAAGAUUUAAUAUUAAAAGCAAGAAACUGUAAAUACUUCACCACAUUAGAUAUAAAUUCCGCUUUCUGGUCAAUUCCAUUACGUAUUGAAGAUAGGCAAAAAACAGGAUUCGUUACACAAGAGGGGCACUUCCAAUGGACAUGUCUACCGUUCAGAUUAAAAACAUUACCAGCCAUUUUCCAGAGAAUACUCUCUAAUAUUCUAAGAAAGCACAAAUUAAAAAAUUUCUCAGAGAAUUACAUAGACGACAUAUUAAUUUUUUCAGCAUCUUUCGAAGAACAUAUAGAUCACAUAGAAAGAGUAAUGAAGGCAAUAGUAAACGAAGGUUUCAGACUAAAAUUUUAAAAAUGUACAUUUGCAACAGAAUCAGUGAAAUAUCUCGGACACAUAAUAGAGGACAAUACAGUAAGACCAGUAAAAGAUAAUCUGAUCACAAUACAAAAUUUUCCCACUCCAAAAACUCAAAAGAAUAUUAGACAGUUUUUCGGAAAAAUAAAUUUUUACCACGAAUACAUACCGAAAAGCUCAAUACUGCUAGACCCAUUACAUAAACUGUUAAGAAAAAAUGAAAAGUUUAUAUGGUCUGAAGAGUGUGAAAAAUCUUUCACAAAUAUAAAAAAAUUAUUAUGUUCUCAACCAGUGUUGCAAAUAUCGGAUAGAAAUUUACCGAUAAGAAUUUACACGGAUGCAUCACUAGAAGGCAUUGGUGCAAUAUUUAAACAGAUACAGAGUGAUGGUAAAGAAAAGCUAGUAGCAUACUUUUCGAAAAAAUUAAAUGAUUCACAAAAGAGAAAAGAAGCAAUUUACUUAGAAUGCCUGGCAAUCAAGGAAGCGGUAAAGUAUUGGCAAUAUUGGCUGAUCGGAAAAAAGCUCACGAUAUUCACAGACCAUAAACCGUUAGAAGAUAUGAAUAUAAAAGCUAGAACAGAUGAAGAACUGGGAGAAUUAACGUAUUAUUUGUCACAAUAUGAUUUUCAAAUUAAUAUUAAUAUUCCGGGAAAAGAUAACGCUGAAGCAGAUAGUCUAAGUAGAAAUCCAGUACUGGAACCAUCCGAAAAUACGGAAGAAAUACUAAAAACAGUUAACCUAAUAAAAAUAAAAGAGAUAAAAACAGAUCAAAAAGAAAAUAGAAUAUUACAGAGAACCAAAACAAAAUUAAUAGAAAAAGAUGGAGUAUUCUUUAAAAAAAUUAGAAACAAAGAAAAGAUAAUCUUAUCUACGGAACUAAGCUUAAAAUUAAUUAAGGAAAUACAUUCUGAAUGGUGUCAUGUAGGGAUCAAACAAAUGACAAACAGGAUAUCUCUUUAUUAUACAGCUAAAGGUAUAACUGCAAAUAUAAAAAAAGUUUGCCAAAACUGUGAAAUAUGCAUUAAGAACAAAUCCAGGGGACAAGGAAAAUAUGGACGGAUGUCACAACUAGGACCGGCAACGGAACCGUUCGAAAUCAUGUCAAUAGGAUACCAUUGGAGGCUUCGGACAAAGAUCGACAAAAAGAUACCUACUGGUGGACCAUUUUACAAGAUACGCAUUUAUGAUAACAUCAAAAACUCAGAAUGGAACGGAUUUCAUCAAGCUGAUAAAUAAAGUACUAGAAACCGACAAAAUAGGAGUAAUACUCGCAGAUCAAUACCCUGGAAUAAACUCAAGAGAAUUUAAGGAAUUCUUAAUAAAAAAUGACACUAAACUGAUUUUUACGGCUGUCAAUGCGCCCUUCUCCAAUAGACUGAACGAGAGACUGAAUCAGACCCUAGUAAACAAUAUAAAAUGCAAGAUAAACGAGAAAGAAAAAAAAGAGCUUGGACAACGAUUGCUAAAGAAUGUUUGAAUAAAUAUAAUAAAACAGCAUACCGUAACCGGCUUUACG